AGACGGACUGGGAGCUUUCCGAGCUGAGGGGCGGAGCCCUCUCACCCCAGCUGUUUCUUUACAGGCUUUGGCCUUAGCAGGUGUUGGUUAGCCGUGGGCGCAUUCUUACCUGGGUCGUCUCUCUCUCUCUCGAGACUGUGGCUAUGGUUGGGGAUAGCGUGAGGUCGUUUCCUUGACGACGACAGCAUGCGGCCCGCGGUCCUCCUACGUGUGAGUUUGCGGCGGGCCGAGGCCCAUCUGCCUCCCUGCCUGCUUCCCUUAGGAGCCGCGACUGUGUCCGCAGAAGAAAUCACAACAGCAUCGGAAUUGCUAGUUUGCUAGUCAGCGUAGUAUGUUUUAGACCUGCGAGCGAGAUGCGUGAAACAAAUUUCACCUCAAAUUUGUUUCCAAGUUGAAAACCUUUGGGUCUUUCUAUGUGAGACGAUUUGAAGAAACACAAGAAAAAUUCCUACUGGUUUUAAGUUAAAAUGGAAAAAUAUCAGAACCUAGGAUUGGUUGGAGAAGGGAGUUAUGGAAUGGUAAUGAAGUGUAGGAACAAAGAUAGUGGAAGAAUUGUGGCCAUCAAGAAGUUUUUAGAAAGUGAUGAUGACAAAAUGGUUAAAAAAAUUGCUAUGCGAGAAAUUAAGUUACUAAAGCAACUGAGGCAUGAAAAUUUGGUGAAUCUGUUGGAAGUGUGUAAGAAAAAAAAAAGAUGGUACCUAGUCUUUGAAUUUGUUGACCACACAAUUCUUGAUGACUUGGAGCUCUUUCCAAAUGGACUAGACUGCCAAAUAGUACAAAAGUAUUUGUUUCAGAUUAUUAAUGGAAUUGGAUUUUGUCACAGUCAUAAUAUCAUACACAGAGAUAUAAAGCCAGAGAAUAUAUUAGUCUCCGAGUCUGGUGUUGUCAAGUUAUGUGAUUUUGGAUUUGCACGGACAUUGGCAGCUCCUGGGGAGGUUUAUACUGAUUAUGUGGCAACCCGAUGGUACAGAGCUCCAGAACUAUUGGUUGGUGAUGUCAAGUAUGGCAAAGCUGUUGAUAUUUGGGCCAUUGGUUGUCUGAUAACUGAAAUGCUGAUGGGGGAACCCCUAUUUCCUGGAGAUUCUGAUAUUGAUCAGCUAUAUCAUAUUAUGACGUGUUUAGGUAAUCUGAUUCCAAGACAUCAGGAGCUGUUUUAUAAAAAUCCUAUGUUUGCUGGAAUAAGGUUGCCUGAAAUCAAGGAAAUGGAACCUCUUGAAAGACGCUAUCCUAAGCUCUCUGAGGUGGUGAUAGAUUUAGCAAAGAAAUGCUUAAAUAUUGAUCCAGAUAAGAGACCCUUCUGUGCUGAGCUCCUACACCAUGAUUUCUUUCAAAUGGAUGAAUUUGCUGAGAGGUUUUCUCAGGAACUACAGUUAAAAAUACAGAAAGAUGCCAGAAAUGUUUCUUUAUCUAAAAAAUCCCAAAACAGAAAGAAGGAAAAGGAAAAAGAUGAUUUCUUAGGUGAAGAAAGAAAAACACUUGUGGUACAGGAUAACAAUGCUGAUCCCCAAAUUAAGGAUUCUAAAGUAUUUAAAAUAAAAGGGUCAAAAUUUGAUGGACAAAAAGUUGAAAAAGGCAGUAGAGCUUCAAACACCAGCUGCCUCCAUGACAACGGGACCAGCCACAUCAAAACAGUGCCUUCAACAAGCCUUAAAGACUGCAGCAAUGUCAAUGGGGAUCAUACAAGGAAUCCAGGCAUGGCAAUUCCCCCACUUACGUACAAUCUUUCUGCCGUUGCUGCUGGUAUUAAUUCUGGAAUGGGGACUAUCCCAGGAGUUCAGAGUUACAGAGUGGAUGAAAAAACUAAGAAGUAUUGUAUUCCAUUUGUUAAAUCAAAUAAACCUUCUCCAUCUGGCAUUUAUAAUAUUAAUGUGACCACAUCCGUCUCUAGUGAAAAGAGGCUCUUUCAAGCAAAUAAGAAAAGAAGGGAAUACUCUAAGACAGAUAUCCAUUUGCCUGAACUGAAUUAUAAUCAUCUCCCUGAACUACGAGACUUGGAAGUUCGAAAUUCCAGGCUUGUAAGGAAAGAGAACAAAAUUCUUUCAGAGUCUCGAAUUCCUUCUCUGGCCGCUAUUGACCUACAUGUUCCCAGUAUUGCAUUACAUCAGGUAUCAGGGUCUCCCCUGUCAGAUGAUUCAGAAGCUGAUUUACCUCAAAUGGAACACCAGCACUGAGGAUCAUGUUGUUUCUGAGCUGGAUGAUGCUCUAGCACUUGAGAUGACAUCUUGCAAUGAGAAUGCUGAUACCUAAGGAGGAGAGAUUUGUGAUUUUGAUUGUUUCCUUCUGAACUGCCUGCAUUUUCUGAGAAAGGCCUUGCAGAAGAAGGAAAGACAAAGACUUCCAAAUGUUUCAAAGGAAGAUCGAACAAGUGUCCCUCUCUAACUGUUAUCCCAGCACCUUUCAAGUCCACUGAUGCUAUUUCACGAUAUAGCCAAUGAAAGAAUACCUAUAUGUUCUUGUUUGUUACAUGAACGUCUAUUUACUGUUAAUAAAUUGUGUAUUUAAAGUUA